CCAGGGUUUCCCACAGGCAGCAGCCCCGGCUCGGUGCAGCGGCUCAGGCGGAGCAUGGGGGAGCAGCUGCCUGCGCCGCUGCUCUCCGGCUGCCCGCGCACUUCGCCCGCCGGCCGCUCCGCCCCGGGGCUCUGCCCUACCCUUGCCUGACUGGCGGCCGCAGCGUGUGGAGCCGGGCGGGGAGGGGGCGAUGAGCCCCGCGUGCUAGCGCUCGGAAGCAGCCGGGCUGCGUGCAUCUUGCGGCCGGUGCUUCUCCUGCGGCACCCCCCCCCCCCUUCGCUUUGCAGCCUCGCCGGGAGACGAGCCUGAUCUCCGCCAACCUGCCGCGGCGGGCGGCUCGCGAUAGCCCCGCUGCUGGGCUCCAACUUUUAGUUCUUGCUCCGGGAGGAGGGGGCGCCUCCUGCCCGGCCUCCCCCACCCCUCGCUUUGCCGCCGCCGCCGCCGUGUUGUGCAUGGAUGCACCAUGGCCAGGCUGCUCUGCAGGGUGCAGUUCUUAGAUGACACCGACCCCUUCAAUAGCACCAACUUCCCGGAGCCCACCCGGCCCCCUCUCUACACCUUCAGGGAGGACAUCGCGCUCAUCACCCAGCUGGCCGGGGUGCACCGCCUGCUCAGAGCCCCGCAUAAGCUUGAUGACUGUACACUGCAACUAUCCCAUAAUGGUACCUAUCUGGAUCUAGAAUCCACCUUAGCGGAGCAAAGGGAUGAAUUGGAAGGUUUCCAGGAGGAUGCUGGGAGAGGCAAGAAGCACAGUAUAAUUCUGAGAACCCAGCUGUCAGUGAGAGUCCACGCCUGCAUUGAAAAACUCUACAAUUCCAAUGGACGGGAGCUGAGACGGGCACUUUUCUCUCUGAAACAAAUAUUUCAAGAUGACAAGGAUUUGGUUCACGAGUUUGUUGUGGCUGAAGGCCUGACUUGCUUGAUAAAAGUGGGAGCUGAGGCAGACCAGAACUAUCAGAACUACAUCUUAAGAGCUUUGGGCCAGAUUAUGCUGUAUGUAGAUGGAAUGAAUGGAGUAAUAAAUCACAAUGAAACCAUCCAAUGGCUGUAUACUCUCAUUGGAUCAAAGUUCCGGCUGGUGGUAAAGACAGCACUGAAACUGCUGCUGGUGUUUGUGGAGUAUACAGAAUCCAAUGCCCCACUUCUAAUCCAGGCAGUAUCCACAGUAGAUGAUAAGAGAGGAGCCAAGCCAUGGUCCAACAUUAUGGAGAUCCUGGAGGAAAAAGAUGGGGUUGACACUGAACUGCUGGUUUAUGCAAUGACUCUAGUUAACAAGACACUGUCGGGGUUGCCAGAUCAGGACUCUUUCUAUGACGUGGUGGACUGUCUGGAAGAGCUAGGCAUUGAAGUUAUUUCACAAAGACACUUGAACAAGAAAGGAACAGACUUGGACUUAGUUGAGCAAUUUAACAUUUAUGAGAUGACACUAAGACAUGAGGAUGGAGAUGAGACUGCUGAUCCCCCACCCAAUGGGCGGAAAGAUAGAAGAAGGGCCAGUCUUGGCUCCAAUGAACGAAGAGGGCUGGAACGCAGGAGAAGUCGCAGACAUUCAGCCCAGAGCAUCAAAAGCACUUUAUCAGCUCCUGCAAGUCCCUGCAGCCAGCCAAGCACUAACUUCAUGUUAGGCCAUGGGCAACGAAUAGAAGAUCUUAGUGAGAAAGAGGAGGAGGAGGAUGAAGAGGACGAGGAACAACCAGUCACAGAGCCUAAUACUGAGGAUGAGUGGGAGGAAGAGGCCAGUAGGCAGGUCAAAGCCAGUGAAGUCUCAGAUGUGUACCAGGUUGCAAAUGAAAAGCUGCGGAAUGAGAAUCAGACUUCUGAUUCUUCAACCGUCUCAAGUACAGGUUCUCAAGCCGAGAGGCCUCUCCACUGCUCUAAAUCCAAGAAUCCAUCCAGCAGCUCAUCUUCAGUGCCUGAUUCAUGUGUCUCACACCAUUAUUCUGUUCAUUCAUCAUCAUCCUCUCCUGCAUCAGUCUCACUUAACUCCUCCCAAAAUUCAUCAGCAUCUAUUACGCCAAAGGCAUCUCCAACUAUAGAGAAAUUGCCUUAUGUACCACAUAGCCCUUUUCACCUUUUCUCCUAUGACUUUGAAGAGUCUCCAACAACUGUUACAGAAAAGGAAGCAGAAGUUAUGAGGGAAAACAGAAACAGUAGCUAUGGCAACAACUCUUAUUCUUCUACAAGACCUUAUUCUGGACUAAGUGCACCUACAACACCUAUUUCUCGUUAUGGGACAAGUCUGUCACCACCUCAGGAGACCAAAUCUGAAAGGCCAGCCUUGGGUGGUCUCCUUACAUCAUCUUAUCGGCAGCACCAAGAGUCGUUGGCAGCGGAAAGAGAGAGGCGACGUCAGGAGAGAGAAGAGAGGUUGCAAAGGAUAGAGCGGGAAGAGAGAAACAAAUUCAACCGUGAUUACUUAGACAAAAGAGAGGAACUAAGACAAGCAAGAGAAGAGAGAUACAAAUACUUGGAGAAGUUGGCAGCUGAGGAGUAUGAGAAGGAGCUGAAAAGUCGGAGUAUAUUCCGAGGCAGAAGUGAGCUGUCCUUAAACUUGAGUUCUCCUUCAGCCCCAUCCUCGCCUAUUCCCAAGUGCAUCAGCCCAACUUCCAUAGAGUCCCAGGAGGAGCUGAAAACCCCUUCGACACCCCGUGGGACUCCUCAGCCCUCUGAAGUGAGUGCCAGUGAACCAGAACCAGAGACAGAACCAGAACAGGAAACUGAGGCAGAGGCCGAGCAGGAAACGGCGACACCACAGGAAGUUGAGGCUACGGAGGUGGGACCGGAGAGUGAGGUGGAGCAAGGUCCUGAGCGAGAGCCAGAAGAAAGUGCAAUACUCAGUGAAAAAGAAAGGCAGAAUGAAGAAGUGAAUGAAAAAGACAACUGUUCUGCAUCCAGCAUAUCCUCAGCAAGCAGCACUUUAGAGAGGGAAGAAAGAGAGGACAAGUUAACCAGUGACAAUGAAACUGGUCCGUGGUCACAGACCAUUCAAGAUGCUGGUGUGAAUGAGCAGUGCAGCAGCAUUCUCAACAACAAACGGUUCAUGCUGGAUAUGUUGUAUGCCCAUAACAAGAAACCCAAGGAUGAAGAGGAGAAAGAGUUGGAGGAGAAGGAGGAGAAGAAGGCGACGGAGGAAAGUGAUGAGUCAAUCACCAGCCUAGCCAGUAGGAUCUCUAUCCUUCAGGCCAGCAAGCAGGCCAAAGAUGAAAGUGUCAAAAAGAUGGAGGUUGGAAAUCUGGACAACCAAGGCAGUGUGAAAGCCUUUGCAGAAAAAUUCAACAAUGGUGAGCUAGCCAAGGGGACAGUGUUGCCCGAGGGUGAGCUUGAUGAAAUUGUCCCUGAGAAAACACCAGCACAGCCGAAGAAGGAAUCUGACUACAUUUGGGAUCAGCUCAUGGCUAAUCCUAGAGAACUUAAAAUCAAAGACAUGGAUUUUACAGACUUGGGGGAUGAGGAUGAUGUAGAUGUGUUGGACUUCGAUAUGGGUCCUGGGGACUCCCUGAUUCCCCCUCCCCCACCUCCACCUUCCUUUUUGGGUUUGCCUCCUCCACCACCUCCACCACUGUUUGGCUGUCCACCUCUACCCUCUGGUAAUUUAUUGGCUCCUCCUCCACUGUUCAGCACUCCUCAGGGUUUAGGGUCACCCCAGGUUCCUAGGGGUCAGCCAGCAUUCAUGAAGAAGAAGAAAACCAUUCGUCUGUUUUGGAACGAGGUACGGCCAUUUGAGUGGCAGUGUAAAAAUAACAAACGCUGUAAAGAAUUCCUGUGGUCGAAACUGGAACCCAUUAAGCUGGACACUUCCAAACUGGAACACCUCUUUGAGUCUAAGUCCAAGGAACUGCCCGUCACAAAGAAAACUGCUGCAGAUGGAAAGAGACAAGAGAUCAUUGUGUUGGACUCAAAACGAAGCAAUGCUAUUAAUAUUGGAUUGACAGUGUUACCCCCUCCAAGAACCAUUAAGACUGCUAUUUUGAACUUUGACGAAUAUGCCUUAAGCAAGGAGGGAAUAGAGAAAAUUUUAACUAUGAUUCCCACAGAAGAAGAGAAACAGAAGAUCCAGGAGGCCCAGAUGGCAAACCCUGACAUCCCCCUGGGUAGUGCAGAGCAGUUUCUUCUCACUCUCUCCUCCAUCAGUGAGCUCUCUGCUAGACUCCAGCUCUGGGCCUUCAAAAUGGAUUAUGAAGUAGUGGAAAAGGAAGUUGCAGAACCACUGUUAGACCUGAAGGAAGGAAUGGACCAGCUGGAGCAUAAUAAAACCUUAGGAUUUAUCCUUUCUACUUUACUAGCCAUUGGGAACUUUCUAAAUGGAACCAAUGCCAAAGCUUUUGAGUUAAGCUACCUCGAGAAGGUUCCAGAAGUCAAGGACACAGUGCAUAAGCAGUCGCUCCUGCACCAUGUCUGCACUAUGGUGGUGGAAAAAUUCCCAGACAGCACAGAUCUCUAUUCAGAAAUCGGGGCCAUCACUAGGUCAGCCAAGGUUGACUUUGAACAACUUCAGGACAACUUAUGUCAGAUGGAGAAAAGGUGCAAAGCAUCUUGGGAUCACCUUAAGGCUAUAGCAAAGCAUGAAAUGAAGCCAAAUCUGAAGCAAAAAAUGUCUGAGUUCCUUAAAGACUGUGCAGAAAGAAUCAUAAUUCUGAAGAUUGUUCACAGAAGAAUAAUUAACAGGUUCCAUGCAUUUUUGUUAUUUAUGGGCCAUCCUCCUUACGCAAUCCGUGAAGUCAAUAUUAAUAAGUUCUGCAAAAUUAUAAGUGAAUUUGCUUUGGAAUAUCGCACCACCAGGGAACGAGUUCUGCAGCAGAAACAGAAACGCGCCAACCACAGGGAAAGAAACAAGACCAGGGGGAAAAUGAUCACAGAUACUGAUGAAGAGGAGGAUGUAGAGUCUGGAAAGUUCUCCAGCAACUCCACUCCGUCUCAGAGCCAGCCACAGGGUCUGCAGUAUGCUGAAGAUGCAGCAGAGCAUGAGAACAUGAAGGCCGUGUUGAAAACUUCCUCCAUCAGUGGGGAAAGCCCCACUGUGCUAGGAGUUCGCACUCGAAGCAGAGCCAGCAGAGGCCGAAUCAGUUCAUGGAAUGCUGCUGGUGAUGAUUCACCUAAUGCUACAGAUGAUGCAGCUGAUGAGAUCAUGGAUCGCAUUGUAAAGUCAGCCACCCAAGUGCCAAGUCAGCGAGCGGUGCCUAGAGAGAGGAAGCGGUCACGAGCAAACAGGAAGUCAUUAAGAAGAACACUAAAGAGCGGAUUGACACCAGAAGAAGCCAAAGCACUGGGCCUCAUCAGCACCUCUGAGAUGCAGGUGUGAAAUCUUCAGAGGUGGCUACAAGCAAAACCAUCAUUGGUGACACAUGGGCUGACAACCAUUCAGUGUGGCAUUGUUCUACCAGCCUCAUCUGCUGCUUCGGACAUCCCGUCCUCUGUUUAAUUUUGAUAAGAUAUAUACCAGAAAAAACAAAAAGGGCUAAAGAAGGGUGUGUCACAGCUCAGCAUUAAAACCUGACAGAUACAAAAAGGAGUGUUUGAGUAUUUGUAGGUGAGAGUUUAUAGCUUGGUUCUCUCAUGAUGCAUUGAUGUGGUAUUAGGGGACUCUCCUGAGUUAUCUUUUAUUGUGUGAGCUAUGUUUACGCUGGCUAUCCUUGUGGCCUGUUUUAGAAAUUGUAAAGUAUGGCAUUUUGUCAGUGCAAGAAACAGUCCUUAAAGAGGCAAAAUCACUUCUGUUACAGUUAUUAUGAUCUUCCUAAGAUUGUUUUAUUGGACAGACAUACACAGAUCAGUACAACCCUAUUUUUUAUCUCACCACCAAAGAAUGUAAAAAUGUAUGUGUACCUAUGUAUAUGUACAGUAUGGAUGUGUGUGUGUAUACAUUCACAUAUAGUCCUGGGGUGAAAUCCUGGCCCCAUGGAAGUCAAAGGGGUAAAGAUUUUAUUCCCAGGGCAUUAAAGUUCCACCUGAUCUUCAGGAUAGGAGUGUCUUUUUACAAGAACUCAAUGUUGUUCAAUGGAAUUCAACCCUGCAGGGCAGGAAAUUCUCUGCAGUGCAAGUGGAAAGUUUAGGAUUCUGAACUGCAUGUGUGUACAGUAUGUGCAUGUACACUGUACCUAAUACUAUACACACAGAGAUAGCACAGAAUACCUCCUUCUGUUGAACUCUAGGUAUACUGAGUCUUUGUACAAUUUCAGAAAUUUAUGCCAACAAUUUACAUACUAGAUAAAGAGGUUCUGCUGCCAAGAUCAAGAAGUUUUCUUCACCUGCCUGAGCCCUUCAUUCUGCUUUUCUCAGUAGUGAUGUAGCUUAGUGGUGAUUUAGCUUCAAUCUGAUUGAACUGAACAUGAAAUGAGCCUGUUAAAACGCCUUUAUAUUUUUUCUUCUUUCAUCAAUAAAAUGAAUAGCAAGGAAACCACAGUGAGCAAAGAGCAAGAACAUUCCUCUUCCCACACACAAAGAAUUUGCUUUUUCCUCAUUCGUCCUUAUGUCACUGUUUUUAAUUGAUUUCUAUUAACACCUUCAGUGUAUGGGUGAGGUUUCAUGUUCGGUGCAUGUUCUGUUCUGCUAUAUACCCAUAUAGCGAUUACACUCUGUUGUCCAAAUCAGAGAGGAUUUUAGAAUAUCCUUUAAUCAACUCAUUUGCCUUUAAGUGAAAUACAUCCCACCUCAGUGAAUUUGGAACCCACUUAUACCUGGCUUUCGCCACUGCCGAAGCAUUUUCAAGGGAACAGCAAUUUAGUAAUAACUAAAAAUGGAACAUUUUGCACCAAAGUAUAUCUGAUUGUAAUGAUCCAAAUGCCACCCCACUGAUUAGCACAUGUUUCUCCUGGAGGUGCACAUCUGCAGAGACAUCAGUGCACAUAACAAAAUGUAUUACACAGAUGGAAAAAAUCAGAGGGAAUAUGGAAUGUGAAGAAAUGUGGGAUUAGCUGUUUCUUUGACUCUGGGCUGGAACUAAAGAUGUAUUGACUCCUACAUUCUGCUCCACUUUGAGGACAGGAAGUGCUAAGGAUAAGGUACCAAACAGAUGAAAUUUCAAAUAUAUAUGAGACUAUGUUGAAUGAAAAGCAUCCAAGUAAUCUGAAAGCCAAUCAAUAGGCAAUACUGAAAUAAAUGACCUAGUUGAAUAAAAUUAAAUGGAAUUUGCUGUUUAAACUCCAAUCAGUGCAAUUAUUUUCUUCAGCUGCUGGAUUUCAGUCCUUAUCGACAGUUGCCUGGGGCCCUGACCCAUCCAGUUUAUAUCUCCCUGCUAUGAGGCCUGGUUGUCACAGUGUAGUGUUAGGUUUACAGACAGCGGUGAACAUGUUUUCCUGCUAGUUGGCAGUAAGUUUGGUUUAACAAGUGGGUUUUGCAAGCAGACAGAAGCUAUUUAUCGGAUAGCUAAUAAAACAUAGAGUAAAGAAUGAGCUGAAAGCUGUAAAGAAGAAAGGGCUGAGCAGAAAACUGAAGGAAACAGAAUUUAUAUAAUCACUUUCUUUCAUUUGAAAAGAAAUGAUGUGUUAGCAACAGGGUUUUGGAAAGGAUCUCUGCAUGAUACGACACGUUGCUUUCACUAUGUUUUCUUAUCUUUCUGCUCAAGGUUGCAAAAAACACAUAGCUGGAGGAGGCAUUGGAGGUUUGUGGAAGUCAACAAGGUCUGAAUGAGUAGGUUGGAUUGCAAUUCAUGUUCUAGUUAAAAACAAAUCUGAAUCUGAGUCCUGAUCUGGCCAGUUGCUGAAGCCCUCCUGAAAGAAGCUCAACUCCCUUUCCAGGUAUUGGGCCCUUGGCAGGACUGAACUUUAAAUUCCCUGCAUCUUGUGCUGUGUAUGCACCCCAGACAAUGGGAAUCUCCAUUUCUAGUUACUAAUAAGGGAGGAAUGCAACAAUUGCUACAAGAGCAAUGUGUCACCAGCAUAGUAAUGUGAAGCAAUUCUUGUGUUUGGAGACUAUAUUUUAGUGCCAUUUCUAAAGUGUCAUUAAACUUAAAUGUCUCUCAGUCAGCUUGCAUGUCCCAAAUCCUUUACAUUCCCCUCAUUUAAAAGGGAUUUAAAAAUUAGCCAUAAAAAUGUGAUUCAUUUGACAAUGUGAGUCAGGAUUCCUGAGGACAGGUGGUUCUGGCUCGUACAAUGGAUUGUUUUAAAUCUGAUUAGGAGGGGGAAAGAUAGUAAUUUACCAACUUCAUAUCCCCUGCUUCUUUCUCCUUCCUCCCUCCCUCCCCCCAAGCAUACAUGCAUUCCAGUAACUCAUGAACAGCUUGGAUUUGGAAGUCAAUAUUUAACUAGUUAUUAGUCUAUACUGUGGAGUCACUUUUUGAUUGUUGAUUGCUAUUUUUGAACUGCAGACUGUUUUUAUAAGAGGCUAGAAAAAAAGAUGACAAGCAGCACUCAAGGGUCAGUUCCCGCUCCCUCCUGUGAACAAGCAGCCCCUAGCAUUGUCUUCAAGGGGAAUUGUGCAUGCAUGAAUGAGGGUUGAAUUUAUCCCUGUAGAAAGUUCAGAUUGUUCUGGAUUUCCAGCAUAUAAACUGCAAGGACUAUAAAUGCUGAAGUUUCUUUCGCGAGUUAGAUACUUAGGAGCUCUGAAGGAAGUAAAAAUUAAUUAAAAACUUAAAGCUGCCCUAUGUUGUUUUCCUGAUGGUGAGAUGAAAUGAUGCUUGAAUAGGGAACACUAUUGAAAUUUAUUUGUAAACUUUUGAUAUGAGGGCCUAUUUUGUGGUUUUUAUUUUUAUUUUUAGACAAGGGAUUAAAUUGCAUUUUAGAUACAAUAUAAAGAGAGUUGAAGAGCAAGAAAUUCAAAGGAGUUUGUGGGGUUUUAUAGUACUAUGUUCAUGCAAAAAUAUAUAUAUUCUGGACACUUCUAAUUUGUUGGUUUCACAUUGAGUGGCAAACAGAGGUACGUAAUGUUUAACCGUUGUCUAACCAUUGAUUAUGUCAAACAGAUAUGAAAUCUGGAGGCUGCUUUGAAAGAAAAGGUCUAUCGAUAGCAAUGGGUGCAUUUCUCCUUUUUAAAGACUGUAUUGGGGCAUACUAUGUCGUCUUUUGUGCGUGCGUGUGUGUGUGAGAGAGAGAGCUGGGAAUUGUACAAAAUUGUAAAGUAGAAAAGGACAUGUUUGUUAGAGGAAGGACAAAUACUGUAAAAUUGUGUAAAUGUCACUACUCAUGUUUUUUCAUGUUGUGUGUAGCAUAGUGUAAAAUAGGCUUUUCAGCAGUGUUAUUCUGUGAAUUGUAAUUUAAAAACAAGCCAUGCAUGGUUAAAGAUAUUAUCUACAGGUCCUUUUUUCAUUUGUUUGUUUUUCUCAUUUUAGGUAAAGAUGUUUUGUUAUAUGUUAAAUUUAAUUGUUCAUGAAACUGCUUUUUGUUUCUCAGUUUUAUUGCAUAAAUAACUUGAAUUACUGUUUAAAAUUUACUACACACAAGCACUCCUUCAUUUGUAUCCAUUUGUAGGAAGCUUUGUCACUACAUUGAGCAUAACUGAGGUGGAUUUCCCUUUUUUAACACACCCCUCUUUUGCCUCUCCUUCCCCACUCCAUUCCUUCCUCACAUCCUUGAAAACGCAGUCUCUCUUUUUUCCGUGCCAUGCAGGGUCAACUUGAGAAACUGACCUCAGACCCGUGUCCAAAAUUUCUUGAUAUAAGUAGUAACAAAGCUCACCUCUACAGCAUUAUGUAAACACAUCUUGCAAUAAAGCUUUCUAAAGCA